AUGGCUGAAGGGCAGUCGGCGCUGGUGCGCAUCCGUCUUGCUGAAGGUCAUAUUAAGCGAGCCUUUGAUCUCGCGCAGAUGGUUCCCAGUGAUAGCUCAAAAAUAAAUUUGUUUCGCGCCACAGCGCGCGACCUUCACUGCAUCCGAGAAAGGUUCGAAACGGACUUCGUCAUCGUUGAAACAACCGCAACGACCGAAGAUGGAUUCGAUGCUGAGGCGCACACCGCACGCUUGGCUGACUUUGAAGAAAAAUAUUUUGAAGUGAUGUCAACAUUGGAAGCCAUUGAGGAGGUCAAGGUAGUAUCACCAGGCACACCCACUACUCAGGUGAGCAAAUCUCGUGUGGCUCUUCCAAAAAUCUCUCUUCCCAAGUUUGAUGGGAGCCCUCAGCAGUGGGCUAAUUUCUCUAAUUUAUUUAUCACCCUGGUAGCCAACAAUGCUGAUAUAUCAUCAGUGGAAAAACUGGCCUACCUCAAGACCGCCCUUAAUGGGGAACCACUUGGAAUGGUGCAAUCUCUGCCGAUCUCUGAAGCGAAUUACGAGGUCGCGUGGAAGCUUCUUGUUGGCCGCUACGAGAAUAAGAGGCUAAUUGUCUCAGUCCAUGUAGAGGCCCUCUUGAAGGCCCCAAUGGCUGCGUCUGACUCACCCAAGGCUCUGCGCAAUUUGUUAACCAUUGUAAACGAGAACCUCUUGGCCCUUAGGGCACUGGAUGUCCCUUGCCCUAAAUUCAUCAAGAGUAGUCCCAAGGACAGAUAUAAGAUAGCUAAGGAGCACAAAUUAUGCCUGAAUUGCUUGUCACCAUCUCACGCAUCCAAGGAUUGUUCAUCAUCAUCGUGUCGUUAUUGUGGAUCCAGGCAUCAUUCUCUGUUGCACUUCGAGCAACAGACAGCCAUCAACCCUGGUCCGGGCAAGGAUGCUUCAACCACACUCAUUGAACCAAACCCUGCAACUGUUGCAGUUGCUGCCGCUCUACCAAGUGAAGCAAGAACAGUGUUAUUAUCAACAGCACAGGUACACGUGUUUGAUUCAAGUGGAACUCCAAUGGUCGUGAGGGCUCUGUUGGAUACUGCCAGCCAAGCUAGCUUCGUCACAGAGAGCUGUCUGCAAAGAUUGAGGCUUACUCGUAGAAGAUCUCAUCUACCAGUACAAGGUUUAGCUAACACUUCAGUGAAUGUGGCCAAGUCAUGCGCCUCCAUUGUUAUGGCACCAGUUGGUAGCACGAGCCCCCAGUUUGCAGUAGAUGUAUUUGUAAUUUCGAGAAUCACCUCCAGUUUGCCAAGUGCCAAGCUGAGCGCCAGGGUCCGUGGUGCAGUGGCACAUUUGAAACUUGCCGACCCUGCAUUUGACACCCCUGGUCCUGUUGAUCUGUUAAUUGGUGCAGAGUUAGUUCCUAGACUCCUUACUGGGGCCAAAAUUGACGGUUCUCCCGUAGCUCUGGACUCUGUGCUUGGGUGGAUACUGAUGAGACAGGUGGACACACAAGUCCCAUCAUUGACUGCAACAUCUUUGUGUAUCUCUCUUCUCACUUCACACCCUCCUUUGGAUGAGGUAGUAAAAAGGUUCUGGGAAUUAGAGGAGUUUCCUGUGACAACACACAAGUCUCCUGAAGAUGUCAAAUGUGAGGAAUGGUUCAGUAAAACUCAUCUGAGGUCUGGAGAUGGGCGUUACAGUGUAUCACUGCCCUUUCGGCAACCUCUUCUGAAAUUGGGUGCGUCAAGGCCGCAGGCUCUUAACAGAUUUCUUCGUCUUGAAAAUCGUCUCAAGUCUGAUCCCAAAUUGAAGGCCAUGUAUUCAGAGUUUAUGAGUGAUUAUGUAGCUAGUGGUCACAUGGAAGAAGUAACAGAGUCACAGAUUCCGUCAGAGUCGUAUUAUAUUCCCCAUCACUGUGUGGUUAAACCUGAAAGUUCAACUACAAAACUGAGGGUGGUUUUUGAUGCAUCCGCCAAGAGCUCUUCAGGAAAAGGAGGCUUCAAGCUGCGCAAAUUUAUGAGCAACCACCAAGCUCUUCUGGAUUGGUUGCCAGUGGAGGAUAUUGAGAUCCCACAACCAUUUUCAUUGGAUUCAGACGAUUGUGUCAUUAAGGUCUUGGGUCUGCAAUGGAAUCCUGUGUCGGACACAUAUUCCUACAAGAUACAGCCUAGUUCUGGCAAUGCCACAAAAAGGACAAUCCUGUCAAAUCUGGCUAGGAUUUUUGAUCCUCUUGGGUGGCUCACCCCACUGAGUAUGUUUGCAAAGCACCUGAUCCAAGUCUUGUGGGCACGGAACCUGGGCUGGGAUACUGAACCACCGGAUGACAUCCUAAGCAACUGGAAGAACUUCAACACUCAGCUGUCACAACUGUCAUCAGUUACCAUUCCCCGACUGAUUCGAGGACAGGCAGGAGGUUCCUACCAGUUGCAUGGAUUUUCGGACAGCUCCGAAAUUGGUUACGCAGCAGUUGUGUACUUGCGCAUUGACAACCCUGAUGGUACAGUUCUGGUACACUUGCUGAUUGCCAAGUCGAAGGUAGCGCCACUCAAGGUUCAGUCGCUGCCUCGCUUAGAACUAUGUGGGGCCCUUUUGUUGGCUCGCCUGCUUCACCAUGUCAUUGAUGCCUAUGGAGCGACACUGCACUUCAGUUCGGUUACUGCCUGGACUGAUUCACAGGUAACUCUUGCCUGGAUAAACUCUUCUCCACAUGAGUUAAAGACCUUUGUGGCAAACCGGGUUAGUCACAUUCAAGAGCUAACUCGUCCAGAAUGGUGGAAGCAUGUUCGUUCGGAACAUAACCCGGCAGACUGUGGAUCCCGUGGGCUUCUGCCAGCACAAAUUGUAUCUCAUCCUCUGUGGUGGUCUGGCCCUUCAUGGCUGAAGAAGGCUGAGGACCAGUGGCCUGAAGGUAUUCCGUGCAUUAAGGCUUCUGACGUAAUCCUGCUUGAAAGGAAGGUAGUGGCAUUGGGAACUUUUAUCUCCCCUGGGGACUUGGACACAUUAUUGGAACGUUUCAGUCGGUUGACAAGGCUGUUGCGUGUUACUGCCUGCUUGUUCAGAUUUAUCAACAAUUGUCGUCAUCCACUGGAAGGACGGGCCAUAGAAGAGCUGUCAUCGAAGGAUCUAAACACUGCCCUAGAGUUCUGGAUACGUUAUGUUCAGUCCAUGUGCUAUCGAAGUGAUUUAAUUGCCUUGAAGAAGGAUCAAAUCACCUCCCCACAACUUCGUAGAUUGCUACCGUUCAUUGACUCCAAGGGAGUGAUUAGGGUGGGCGGCAGACUGUCUCAUUCGGAUCUGCCCUUUGAGCAGAAGCACCCAGCCCUUCUUCCUAAAUCGAAUCCCCUGACAAGACUGAUCAUAGGUCAUUACCAUGAAGUUAAUCAACAUCCGGGAAUACAAGCACUCCAGGCCAUUCUCAGGGAGAAGUUCUGGAUUAUGGGGGACAAGCGUGCAAUCACCAACCUUGUGCACCGUUGUGUGCGUUGUUUUCGUGCAUCUCCAUCAUCAGUUGCUCCGCUGAUGGGAAACCUUCCAGCUAUGCGGGUUCAGCAGGUAAAACCGUUCUCAAGUGCGGAUCCCAAGGACUUCACUCCUCUGACCCCAGGCCAUUUCCUGACGCUGGAACCGUUAGUGACAAUACCCGAACCAGAUUUACGUCAGGUAAAAAUGAACUGUUUGCAUCGCUGGCAGCUUGUAUCCCGACUACAUCAAGAUUUCUGGCAUCGCUGGCAUCGGGAUUACCUGCACACGCUGCAACAACGUAGCAAAUGGCAGAAAAGGGCGUCAGGUCUUGCCCCCAACCAGAUGGUGCUGGUCAAGGAAGACAGGCUUCCACCUCUGCAAUGGCCGCUGGGGCGCAUUGUUGAUCUUCAUCAUGGAACGGACGGCGUGGCACGAGUGGCCACUAACAUGCCACCCUGGCGUCCCUCCGUACUAGUAUAG